AUGGAUGCCCACGUGGACCUCCUGACAGAGCUGCAGCUGCUGGAUAAGGUGCCCACGCUGGAGAGGCUGCGGGCAGCCCAGAAGCGGAGGGCUCAGCAGCUGAAGAAAUGGGCGCAGUAUGAGAAGGAGAUGCAGCACAAGAAGCGGAAGCAUGAAAAGAAGAGAAAUGCUGUUAACCGAAAGAAAGUGUCUUUUGAAGCCAGCGUUGCUCUGCUGGAGGCUUCUCUGAGGAACGACUUGGAAGAAGUGUGUUACUUGCUGAAGAGCAACAUCAGCCCAGACCUGUGCAAUGAAGAUGGAUUAACUGCACUGCAUCAGUGCUGCAUAGACAACUAUGAAGAGAUAGUCAAACUUCUCCUCAACCACGGGGCCAACGUCAACGCGAAGGACAACGAGCUGUGGACUCCGUUGCAUGCAGCAGCUACAUGUGGUCAUAUCAACCUGGUGAAGAUCCUCAUCCAGCAUGGAGCAGACUUGUUGGCAGUGAAUGCAGAUGGCAACAUGCCGUACGACCUCUGUGAAGACGAGCCAACUCUGGAUGUCAUUGAGACUUGCAUGGCCUAUCAAGGAAUUACACAGGAAAGGAUCAAUGAGAUGCGGGCUGCUCCAGAGCAGGUCAUGAUCUGUGACAUUCAUGACAUACUUGCAACUGGACAAGACCUGAACAGGACUGAUGCCCAAGGUGCUACACUGCUGCAUAUAGCUGCAGCCAAUGGUUAUCUGCAUGCAGCUGAAGUCCUUCUUGACCAGGGGGCAAGCCUGGAUGUUAAGGACUGGGACGGCUGGGAACCUCUUCAUGCUGCUGCUUUCUGGGGACAGAUGCAGAUGGCUGAGUUGCUUGUGUCCCAUGGGGCUAGUUUGAGUGCCAGGACAUCUUUGGAUGAGAUGCCAAUAGAUCUGUGUGAAGAGGAGGAAUUCAAAGUAUUACUUCUGGAGUUGAAACACAAACACGAUGUGAUCAUGAAGUCUCAGAUGAGGCAUAAAUCCUCCCUGAGUCGAAGGACGUCCAGCACUGGCAGCCGGGGGAAGGUGGUGAGGAGGGCCAGCCUUUCGGACCGAACAAACCUCUACAGGAAGGAGUGCGAGAAAGAGGCCAUCGUCUGGCAGCAACUGGGGGCAGCAGAAGAAGGCAGAAACUCGGGUCUCAUUGGAGAAAUUGGGGAGACUCGGUCUGACCAGGAGAAUACAGACCCCAAUUCAGUGCUGGAGAACUCUUCCCUCCUUCCGGAGUUAGCAAACAAAAGCACCCAGUGUGACUCUGAAAUGCCCCUCCAGAAUGGACUUAUGGCAUCUGCCAGCACUUACCAGUACACCUUUUCCAACGGGGACAUUUGGAGUAUGCACGCUGACCCUGACAGUAAUCCAGGCCACGUGUUGCCCUACGGCAACCCCGGGCUCCCUGACACGCAGCAGUUCUGGGAUGCCUACAAGGAGCAUAACCAUCAAACACUCUCCGAACUUAAGCGGCAGCGGGCUGCAGCCAAACUCCUCAAUCACCCUUUCCUCAGCACCCACUUUGGCAGUGGCAUGGGAGGAGUUGCUGAGAAUGGGGGUGAGGCCAAGUCACACCUAAUCGGAUCCAGGACUUCUCCCUACAGCUCCAAUGGGACCUCAGUGUAUUACACAGUGUCCAGUGGUGAUCCACCCCUCUUGAAAUUCAAAGCUCCGAUGGAGGAAAUGGAAGAGAAGGUGCAUGGGUGCUGCAGAAUUUCCUAG